AUGCCGAGAAUCUUAGUUGGAAGAGAGCAAAGCAACCUGAAAGUCAUCGGCUCGACUUCCGCUGGCACCCCUGACACUGAUGUGCCCUCCCAAGACCCUCUGGGACUCUCGAAGCUCGGGGGUCCUGUGGACAAAGAUCGACGGAAUAAGAAAAAACACGAGCUGCUGGAGGAGGCUUGUCGCCAGGGGUUGCCGUUUGCAGCUUGGGAUGGUCCCACCGUGGUGGCGUGGCUGGAGCUGUGGGUGGGGAUGCCAGCCUGGUAUGUGGCUGCCUGUCGCGCCAACGUGAAGAGCGGUGCCAUCAUGUCAGCGCUGUCGGACACGGAGAUCCAACGGGAGAUCGGAAUCAGCAACCCCUUACACCGUCUGAAAUUACGGCUAGCCAUCCAGGAGAUGGUCUCUCUCACCAGCCCCUCUGCGCCCACAAUAUCCCGAAUGAACACUGGCAACGUCUGGGUCACCCACGAGGAGAUGGAGACCAUGGCAGCCUCGACCAAAAUGGAGUCCAAGGAGAUCAGCUGGGACCAGAUCCUGGCGCAUGGCGACAUGAACCAUGAAUGGGUUGGGAAUGACUGGCUGCCCAGCCUCGGGCUCCCUCAGUACCGCAGCUACUUCAUGGAGUCCCUGGUGGACGCUCGGAUGUUGGACCAUUUGACCAAGAAGGAGCUGAGGGGACAACUGAAGAUGGUGGACAGUUUCCAUCGGAUCAGCCUUCACUACGGGAUCAUGUGCCUGAAACGACUGAACUACGACAAGAAGGACCUGGAGAGCAAGAGGGAAGAGAGCAUCAGCGAAGUCAAAGACGUGAUGGUCUGGACCAACGAGAGGAUGAUGAGUUGGGUGCAGGACAUCGGACUGAAGGAAUUCGCCAACAACCUCCUGGAGAGUGGGGUCCACGGGUCCCUCAUCGCUCUCGAUGACACCUUUGACCACAACGACAUCGCGCUGCUCUUGCAGAUCCCGACGCAAAGCACUCAGGCUCGUCAGAUAUUGGAGACGGAGUUCAACAGUCUGCUGCUGCUCGGCACUGAUCGACGACAGGAGGAGGACGACGCCAAGAACUUCAGCCGCGCCCCCUCGUGGCGCAAGCGAUUCCGAGCGAAGGAGAUGAGGGACAUGACGUCGGACACAUCAGAGACACUGCCGGCGAACUUCCGGGUCACGCCAGCCAUCAUCGCCUCCCAGAGCCUGCAGCUCCGCAAGGUGCAGCCGGACAGCAACUCGCCCGCGAGCCAACGAGGAGAGGCAACCUCCGUCCGCACUUACUCCUGUUAGUCACACCUCGUGAGGUGAAGGUCGAGGGUGAUGAGCGACUCUCACUCUGCGUAGGAGGGAACGAGAAGCCAAUACAACCUGACACGACUGUUAACAGACGCCCGGCCUGUCCUGUCCCUGAUCCUGUCCGACGGCAGCUGACACAGCGGCUGAAGUGGACGCCAAGCCACACACACACCCUCACGCACCCACACACACACCCACACACACACC